UAAUUUUGUUGUUUAUAUGUUUAUAUAAGAAAUCUUGACUAAAAAUAAUAAAAAGCAACAUUUAUAUAAUUUCUUUUUCUGAUUUUACUGGCAAAAGUGAAGACUCUUGUCUUCCUGUUAUGUUUCGUAUUUCCAAGAAUGGCCUUUACAAUAUGACAACAAAAGGAAAGUAAUUAUUUAAUGUUGCCGGUUUGAGUGAAGCGCUUUUAAAGAUGAAGUUGGUUAGAUUUCUUAUGAAACUAAGUCACGAAACGGUGACAAUCGAAUUAAAAAAUGGAACUCAAAUUCAUGGCACAAUCACAGGAGUAGAUGUAGCGAUGAACACUCAUUUAAAGUCGGUUAAAAUGACCAUUAAAAAUAGGGACCCUGUUCAAUUGGAGUCCCUAAGUAUUCGUGGUAAUAAUAUACGAUACUUCAUACUGCCAGACAGCUUACCGUUAGAAACACUGCUCAUUGAUGAUACACCAAAAUCGAAAACAAAGAAAAAAGAUAGCAGUCGUGGUGGUAAUCGCGGCAGAGGACGUGGAGCACGCGGUCGGGGUGGUCCUCGAGGUCGUGGGCGUGGACGGGCAACUGGUAGACGUUAAGAUUUUAAAAUACUUUACUGAAAUUAAAUAAAACUUAAAGGAUAGAACCAGGAAAUUUAAUUUUUUUUUAUUAACUUACAUUAUAAUUAUUCAAUGUAUAAAACUAUCGAUCUUGAAUACGAAUUUUUUUAAUACCAAGCAUAAAAUAGUCUGUACAUAGUGAAUACUAUUAAUAUAUUAAAGAUUAUGAUGGCAAUUAUGCCUAUCUGUUUA